AUCGAUUUGGAAACAAGAUCUCAAGGCUCGAGACAAGACAAGGGCAACUCUUUCCUCUCUUUCACUUAAGACUUGAGUUCCCCCUUUCUUUCUUUCUUAAACAUUCUUCUUCUAAAUUAACAGAAAAAUUUACAAACAAAUUCCAAACUCUGAUUUGUUGCUCAGCUUCUCUCUUCCUUUUCGUUCUCCAUUAACGGUCUCCUCUGCAACUGAAUACUGAAUACUUCUUGUUCGCUUUUAUAAGCUUUGCUGUGUGUAAUUUCCAUACGAGCUUCAAUUGAUUCUGUGGAGUUUUUCUUUUUCUUUCUGAGCGAUGGAGGCGAAGGCGAAGGCGAACGGGCCUAGAUAUGGAGAUUCUUCGGCUCGGGUGGUGGACGGACCCACCAAUCCAAUGGUUUCCCCUUUGCUUACGGAUCUUUAUCAGUUCACUAUGGCUUAUGCUUAUUGGAAAGCCGGCAAGCAUAAAGAACGCGCCGUGUUUGAUUUAUAUUUUCGGAAGAAUCCUUUUGGUGGUGAAUAUACAAUUUUUGCUGGUUUAGAGGAGUGCAUAAGACUUAUUGCUAAUUUCAAAUUCACAGAGGAAGAAAUCUCUUUUAUCAAGAAGUCUCUACCUUCAUCCUGUGAGGAUGCGUUCUACGAUUAUCUUAGAGGAAUCAACUGUUCUGAUGUUGAAGUCUAUGCUAUUUCAGAGGGAUCAGCUGUUUUCCCAAAGGUGCCCCUAGUGAGGGUUGAAGGGCCUGUUGCUGUAGUUCAGUUACUAGAAACUCCAUUUGUAAAUCUUAUCAAUUAUGCAUCGUUAGUUGCUACAAAUGCCGCAAGACAUCGAUUUGUUGCUGGGAAAUCUAAAAUUCUUCUCGAGUUUGGACUUCGGCGAGCUCAGGGACCUGAUGGUGGAAUUAGUGCAUCAAAGUACUGCUAUAUUGGAGGGUUUGAUGCAACAAGCAAUGUUGCAGCUGGGAGGUUAUUUGGCAUACCACUUCGUGGAACACAUUCCCAUGCAUUUGUUAGCUCAUUUAUGAGCCCAGAUGAGAUCAUAGACAAGUCACUUCGUAGCAGUGAUGGCUCACGCACGUGUGAAGAUUUUCUUAGUGUAGUUCAAAUGUGGUUAAGCAAGAUUCAGUGGUUGCCUUCAUUACAUGGCACUUUUGGUGAUACCAAUCAAAGUGAGCUGGCUGCGUUCACAUCCUAUGCUUUGGCAUUUCCUACCGACUUCCUUGCUCUUGUGGAUACAUAUGAUGUUAUACGGAGUGGAAUUCCUAAUUUCUGUGCAGUUGCUCUGGCACUCAAUGAUUUGGGGUACCAAGCUAAAGGGAUUAGGUUGGACUCUGGUGAUUUAGCAUAUUUGUCUUGUGAGGCACGGAAAUUUUUCAUGGCCAUUGAAAAGGAGUUUGGGGUGCCUGGAUUUGGAAAAAUAAGUAUUUCUGCCAGUAAUGAUCUCAAUGAGGAAACUUUAGAUGCUCUAAACAAGCAGGGUCAUGAGGUUGAUGCAUUCGGAAUUGGAACCUAUUUGGUUACAUGUUAUGCUCAGGCUGCUUUAGGAUGUGUCUUCAAGCUAGUUGAAAUAAAUAAUCAGCCCCGAAUUAAACUUUCUGAAGACGUUUCAAAGGUCUCCAUUCCAUGCAAGAAGCGGAUUUUUAGAUUAUAUGGGAAAGAAGGCUAUCCACUGGUAGAUAUAAUGUCAGGCGAGAAUGAACCGGCUCCUAAGGUGGGUGAACGGAUUCUAUGUCGUCACCCGUUUAAUGAAUCGAAAAGAGCAUAUGUGGUGCCACAGCAAGUGGAGGAGCUCCUCAAGUGUUACUGGACUGGAAAAUCAGGUAAAGCAGCAGAACGUUUACCAGCUCUGAAGGACAUAAGGAAUCGAUGCAUUAAACAACUCGAGAAAAUGCGUCCCGACCACAUGAGAAGACUUAAUCCGACACCGUACAAAGUGAGUGUGAGUGCUAAACUAUAUGACUUCAUUCAUUUCUUGUGGCUAAAUGAGGCACCAGUUGGGGAGUUGCAGUGAAGCUGUAAUUGGACUUGCUACACCCCAAAGUAAGCUUCCUUUUCAUCACAGUACAGAUAAAAAGACCAAAAAAUAAAAAUAAAAAAUAAAAAAAAUACCCACUUUCUAGCUCCAAGGAUUUGCUUCUUUGUUUUCUACUUUGAAUAAAAAUAUGACAAUUGCUUGCCUUCAUUGUAUGUAAUAAAGUUUUCUUUUUCAAUGUCAAUAGUUUGAAUGUGAACCAUAAUCCUGACUUUGCUGCAGUUGCAAUUCGCUUUUUGGGGCUUAAAACCUUUCAUAAAAAUGCUUUAUCCAUAAAAUUUUAUCGGGUUAUAUUGA